AUGGUGAUGGAACAACAGACGAGGCCGCAGGUCACGGUGGAGCAGAUUCGUCAGUUGAUUCUUGAGCAACCGCGACGUAAUCAGGGAAGAAAUGGACGACCACGAAGAGGUGGCGAUUACGAUGAGGAAGACAAAGACGGAAGUGACCGGAGCUCCCUCUCGCGCGAUUCAAAGCCACGUCACCGUCGCAAUAGAGUUAUAGAGGUAGAACGCUAUUUCCAGCUGAAUGAGGUUAGGACCAAAGACAAACUGGAUGUAGCAAUGUUAGCGAUGGAAGAGAGAGCAUUGCAUUGGUACCAAUGGUGGGAGGAACAAACACCAUUGAGGACAUGGGAUGAAUUUAAACUGGCUGUGAUGCGACGUUUUCAACCAGGGCUAUUGCAUAAUCCCUUAGGACCAUUACUGAGCUUGAAACAGAAAGGUUCAGUAGGGGAGUACCGAGAAAAGUUUGAAAUGAUGGUGGCACCAUUAAGAAGGGAAGAACGAAUCAUGCUAGACUCCAUUUUUCUGAAUGGACUCAAGGAUGAGAUCCAGGCUGAGUUGAAACUACAUGAAAGUCAGGAUUUAGCUGAGUUGAUGGACAGAGCACUGCUGAUUGAGGAAAAAAAUGAAGUUAUUACAAAGAAGGGGAGUUUUUGGAAUGAUAGAGGAGGCACAUUCAGGCUGAAAGAUCCUGCUGAGGCUGGAGGAUCUAAGAAGGAUCAUGAGAAGAACCAAGUAGGAGGAAAUGACAAGGGAAAAGGAAAAAGGCUGGACCCUGCAGAGUUGGAAGAGAGAAGUAAAAAAGGGCUCUGUUUCAAGUGUGGAGAUAAGUGGAAUAGGGAACAUGUCUGCAAGUUUAAGCAUAUGUGUUUAAAACUGUGUGAGGAGAGUAGUGGAGAAGAAGGUGAAGAAGAAGUGUUAGGUGAAGAUAAAUUGACAAUAGUGGAGAAGGUGGAGGAGCUACAAACUUUGCAACUGCCCAUGAAAAGUAGGGAUGGAUUUACUUCCAAUAAGUCUUUCAAGGUGUGGGUGGAAGUGAAAGAUAAAAGGCUGCUUACUUUAAUUGAUUCAAGUGCCACUAGCAACUUUCUGGAUUCAAAAGUUGCAGCAGAGCUAGCUUUGAAGGUGGUGGAGACCCCUACUUAUGUGAUUGAAGUGGGAAAUGGAGAUAGGGUGAGAAAUAAAGGAGUGUGUGAAGGGCUGAGAUUCAAGAUGCAAGGAGUGAAUUUCAACCAACAUUUCUUUAUGAUGGAGUUAGGUGGUACAUAUAUGGUAUUAGGUAUGGAAUGGCUAGCUAGUUUGGGAAAAAUUGAAGCCAAUUUUGGGGAGCUAAGCCUAAAAUGGGAGAAGGAGGGUCAGCUUUAUGAGAUCAAAGGAGACCCUGCUUUAUGUGUAAGGCAGUCCACAUGGAAAUCUAUUUUCAAGAGUUUGAAGGAGGAGGGCAUGGGAUUUUAUUUGCAGUCCAUGGAAUUUGAUAUGCUGAGUACAAUAGGGGAGCAGAAGGAGUGGGAGGAGAUAUUGAGACCUUUUGAAGAAGUAUUCAAUUUACCAUCAGGGCUGCCACCUAUUAGGGCACAUGAUCAUGCCAUUAGACUCAAACCGGAUGUUGCCAUUCCAAACCUCAUGCCUUACAGAUAUCCUUUCUAUCAAAAGAAUGAGAUUGAAAAGAUAGUUAAAGAUAUGUUGCAAGCUGGAAUUGUGAGGCAUAGUACCAGCCCUUUUUCAAGCCCUGUACUGUUAGUCAAGAAAAAAGAUGGGGGGUGGAGAUUUUGUGCUGACUAUAGGGCCCUGAACAAGGUAACAAUCCCCAAUAAAUUUCCAAUACCUGUCAUUGAAGAACUGUUGGAUGAAUUGGGGGGAGCUAUGAUUUUUUCCAAAUUAGACUUGAAGGCUAGAUACCAUCAGAUCAGGAUGAAGGAGGAGGAUGUAUCUAAGACUGCAUUUAGAACUCAUGAAGGGCACUAUGAAUACUUGGUGAUGCCCUUUGGGUUGACAAAUGCCCCUUCAACAUUUCAAGCCUUAAUGAAUGAAGUCUUAAGGCCAUACUUGAGGAAAUUUUGUCUGGAAAUUGAAUAUUUAGGACAUUUAAUUUCAGGGGAUGGAGUCUCUGCUGAUCCAAAGAAAAUUGAAGAUAUGCUUAAGUGGCCUAGUACUAAGGACCUGAAGGGACUGAGGGGUUUCCUAGGACUAACUGGAUAUUACAGGAAGUUUGUAAAGAAUUAUGGAAAAAUUGCGUGGCCACUGACUCAGCUGUUGAAGAAAGAUAGUUUCUUAUGGAACCAGGAAGCUCAAGUAGCUUUUGAGGCUCUCAAAAUGGAAAUGACUACUAUUCCAGUAUUAGCAUUACCUGAUUUUGAGAAGGAAUUUGUACUUGAGACUGAUGCAUCAGGAAAAGGAAUUAGGGCUGUUCUCAUGCAGGAAGGCCGACCAAUUUCAUACAUGAGCCAGACAUUAUCAGCUAGAGCACAACAAAAGUCUGUUUAUGAGAGAGAAUUAAUGGCCAUGGUGAUUGCAAUUCAGAAGUGGAGACCAUAUUUGCUGGGACGACAUUUUAAAGUGCAUACUGAUCAGAAAAGUCUCAAGUUUAUUACUGAGCAGAGGAUCAUGGGGGAAGAACAACAGAAAUGGUUGUCCAAAUUGGUGGGGUAUGAUUUUGAAGUGAAGUAUAAGCCUGGAAAGGAAAACAGUGCAGCAAAUUCCUUAGCUAGGCAGAUGUUGUAUGCCACCAUCACCACCAUCCUGUCAUACCCCAAAAUUUACCCGAUGCGAUUCGCAUCUUUUUAUUUACUAAGAGUGUUAAAAUUAAGAGCCAUGGGGUUUAACAUAUCUAUUGUUAAACCUGACCUCUUAUGA